ACAAGUCUCCAGUUUCCGGUCGUGCCCCCAGAAUUCUUGUGAUGACCUCACACGAAUGGCGAACUACUUUUGAAUUUUGCAGCAAACAAACAUCUGACGAGUUGAAAUAACGACAGGCAGGAGGAGACAGGAGAGAGUGACAUGGCAGAGAUGGAGGAAGACGUUGGGGAUCUGCCAGCCAGGGAGGAUGACAACGAUUCAGACAGAGAUGAAGAUGACAGGCUGUUCGCUUGGAUGGUCAAUGACGACAUGGAUGAGGACGAGGAGGAGGAGGAGGAGGAAGACGAGGUGGAGGAGGUGGAGGACGAACAGCCCUUAGACACAGAGGCGUCUGAGUCGUUUGAGCUGGACACACCGGCUGAGCGCAGUGGUCACAUAGCAGUUGUGGACAGAAAUGUCAUGUACGUGUGGGGUGGAUACAAGAAUGCCCAAAACCAUGGAUUCUUUGACUUGUAUCUGCCGAGAAGUGAAAUCUGGACGUACAACAUGGAGUCAGGUGUAUGGACAAAGCAUGUCGCUGGAGGUAACCUACACACGUCCAUGUCAGGCAGCUGCGGGGUGUGUGUCGAUGGAGUCCUCUACCUGUUUGGGGGUCAUCAUGCCAGGGGAAACACAAACAGGAUCUACCGCCUGCCCCUGAGAGCUCCCAGUCUUGUGUGGGAGGAAAUGGCCGAUCUUAAAGGCUUCCCUCCGUCGUCCAAGGACAAGUUAGGCUGCUGGGUUCAGAAGAACAGGCUCAUAUUCUUUGGGGGCUAUGGCUACGUCGUACAGGGACCUCAUCGAGGGACGUUUGAAUACGAUGAAUCGUCUUCUCUCGUGUGGGACAGCCCCGGGCGAGGUUGGAACAAUCACAUUCAUAUCUUGGACCUGGAGACAUCGACAUGGAGUCAGCCCAUAACCACGGGGAACACUCCAUCACCCAGAGCAGCUCAUGCCUGUGCCACAGUUGGGAACAGAGGUUAUGUGUUCGGGGGAAGAUUCAAGAACUACCGACUAAACGACCUGUACUACAUUGAUCUGGACACGUGGGAGUGGCAUGAAAUGAACGUUCCCCAGCAGUGUCCCGUGGGCCGGUCCUGGCACUCCUUCACUCCUGUGUCAUCGGACCACAUCUUCCUAUUCGGAGGCUUCACCACAGAGAGAGAGACACUGAGUGACGCUUGGCUGUACUCUGUGAGCAAGAACGAAUGGAAGCCUUUCAAACACAAUCACGCACAAAGUCCCAGGCUGUGGCACACGGCAUGCUCAGGUCCUGAUGGGGAGGUGUUUGUGUUUGGAGGUUGUGCCAACAACCUGUUGUCUCAUCACAGAGCUGCUCACAGCAACGAGCUGCUGGUUUUCAAUGUUCAACCCAAAUCGCUAGUUGGGUUCUGUAUGGAGGCCAUUCUGCAGCACAGGGAGCGUUUAUCUAGUUACUGGGACUGUCUGCCUAAACCCAUCCUGCACAGCCUCAAACAGAGAAUGGCACGCGUCAACACACUGGGCUCUUAGAGGAAGAGGAGGCUGACAAUCGAAUCCAGAGCAUUACAAGAGGAAGUGUAUGUAUGUAUGGAAGAGAUGCUUGUUUCUUUCAAAGCAGGUAGUCCUACCUGAACAUUAGUUUAAUGUGUGUUUGGAUACUUGCGUACAUGAAACUAAAUCUUAAAGCAAUAGUGAGCAGC